UAAGUGCAAAACUCAAAUGAAUCUAAUUAGGUGUAGUAUUGAGCUGCAAUGAACGUAGUGGGUGUAGGUAGCGAGCCUACUGGGGAGGUAGCUCUCUUAGUAGAAGAACUCAGUCGAGCAGUUGAGCUAACUUUAAUCCCCACUGUUUCCCAUGAAGAAAGAAGCCAGGCCUAUAAUGCUUGUGAAAGCUUCAAAGAGAACUCGCCAUGGUGUGCCCAGGCUGGUCUCUUGCUGGCCAGUGGCAAUCAGCAUUCCCCUGGAGUUAAACAUUUUGGCCUCCAGUUGAUGGAACAUACUGUAAAGUAUAGAUGGACACAGAUAACUCAAGCAGAAAAAAUAUUCAUCAAGGAAAAUGCCAUGAAACUCCUAUAUCUCGGUGGUUGGGACACAAGCCACUUGAAUGAUGCCCUUGCCCGUGUAAUUGUUGAGAUGAUAAAACGAGAGUGGCCUCAGCAGUGGCCUACUUUACUGGCAGAGUUGAGUGAUGCAUGCUCCAGGGGACAUAGGCACACCCAGAUAGUACUACAUGUAUUCUUGAGGUUGGCUGAAGAUGUAGCUAUUUUACAGACUUUGGAAAACCACCAGCGACGGAAGGAUAUAAACCAAGGUCUAACUAGCAACAUGUCUGAAAUAUUUGCGUUCUUCAUGCGGCUCAUUGAGAUGCACGUGCAGGAGUUUAGAGAGAAGACCACGGCAGGAGAUUAUGCUGCCGCUGCUAGUCAUGGGCAGGUGGUUCAGGUUGUAUUACUGACACUAACUGGAUACGUUGAGUGGGUGUCCAUAAAUCACGUUGUCAUGAACAAUGGCCGCUUGUUACAAAUUCUUUGCAUUUUAUUGCAAGACGAUGUGUUCCAACUGCCUGCAGCUGAAUGUCUACUGCAAAUCGUAAAUAGGAAAGGAUCUGAAAUACACUCUGGCAAAGAAUUCCACUCUUUAGCAGUACGCACAAGAAAGCUUAAAGCGAAGCGCUUCACUAAGGAAAAGAAACCGCUCGUAAUAUUAUUUAGUAAGGACGCCAUUACAUGCAUGCAUCGCGCUGCGGUCGCUAGCAUCAAUACUGUCGAUGAGGCUCACUAUUUGUUCCUGAAAAAGUUCUCACAGGUCCUAGCAGGUUUAGCUCAACAGCUAACAUCUCUAUGGUCAUACGCCACGGACGCGGAGGCUUGGCUGCCAGUGAUAUUAGAAACCAUGUUGUUGCUGACGUCACAUCCAUCGCUUACUCUCGCACAUACUGCCAACUCGGUGUGGCUAGCAUUCUUGAAACAUGAACAGAUAUCUAAGCUGCCAUAUGUAUUAGGUAUUGUACCUCGCUGGUUGCAAGCUUCUGCCCCUAAAGUACUUAAGGUGACAUAUCCUUCAUCACGAGCGAACAAUGCAAAUGAUGCCGUUACCUACGCUUGUAUGGACUACGACAGCGAACAGGAAUUCGCCAUUUUCUUCGCACGAUGUCGCACUGAAAUAUUAGAAAGUUUCAAAUUUUGCAUGACAGCUGCACCAUUGGUAACUUGGGGUUACGUGGAACAAUGGACGCGUGCAGCGCUCGACAAGGUCGAUACUUGUCCGCAACAGAUGGACACACAUCAUCCGAUGUAUAUAGAAUGGGAGGCUUUAUCUCAGGUGUUGGACAUGGUACUAUCUCGGCUCCUCCAAGCUGAUCCUCGUCCCAGCGUGGUAGAAGGCUUGCAGUUACUACAGCGCUGUGUAGUAUGUUCCCCGACCGCGCCUCUCAUAUUGUCACUACUGCUGUCCUUUAUUUCUGCGCUAUUCGUGUUCCUCAGCUGCGCUUAUAGUCAACUCGCUGGUCCAGGAGUGGGCGUGGCCGGAGCGGAUUUACUCCCUCGAGUGCUGGACAAGAUAUUCGCGGCGCUGGUGUACGAGGGCACCCCGCCCGACAACCGACGCUCGCGCAGUGUCAAGAAUGUGAGACGACAUGCAGCAGGACUGCUUGUCAAACUGGGAUCUAAGUACCCACUACUCCUUUUACCUGUGUUUGGUCGUCUACACGAGCUCUGCCGCGCCGCGCUGGCCCGGCCCGACCUCAGUGCAGUGGAGAGUGUUACACUACAAGAGGCUCUACUGCUCGUCUCUAACCACUUCUGUUGUUAUGAGAGACAGAGCGCUUUGGUAGCUCAGGUUCUUGGCGACUGCAGUGAGCGCUGGGCUAGUCUAAGCCCUCACUUAGCUAGCGCGGAAGGUCUGACCCGACUGAUCGGUCUGGACGCGCCGCCCACUGAAGACGAGGACGACUGUGGACGCGCAAGACGCACUCUGUUACAUGCGCUUACAUUGUUAUUGGGCGUAGUAAAACGCACAUGCGUCCCGAGCGACCCAGACAAGGCAGCGCGCGGCGGCUUCGGCGGCGGAGUGACGGCCGCCGGCAACCCCGUGUGGAGGAACCCGUGCGCCGCGCACGUGCUGCCGCUGUUCCCCGCCGCGCUGGCCCUCGCGCGCGCCCUGCACGCGCUGCACGCGCCCGCCGCCGCGCGCCACCCCGCGCACGCGCGCGCGCUCGCGCCGCCCGCCGCCGAGCGACGCAACCUGCUGGGCCAGAGGGACCACGAGCCCACGCAACAUGCGCGCCCACAGGAGCGCAUGCAAAGCUUUCUCCACACGUUACACGAAAACGUGUGUCACCUAGUGGGCGCUGCGGCGGGGACCCUCGGCCGCGAGCUAUACGCAGUACCCGGCCUCGCCAACUUCCUCAUAGACUCAUUAUUCUACGGACUCGAAUACUUGCCGGACCAUUGGCUACGACCCAUCGUACGAAAUGCAUUAAAGCCGCUACUACAUCAUUGCCCGCCAGCUCAUUACGCAGAUGUAGCCCUGCCUUUACUAGAACAUUUUGCUCCUUUCAUGUUGUCCCAUCUCUCGUUGCGUUGGGAUUAUAUUUCGUCUCUCUAUGAAUCCGGCAAGUUGGAGGAGGAAGGUGGCAGCGAGUCACAGGAAGUACUCGAAGAUAUCCUCGUCAGGAACCUUACUAGGGAACAUCUUGAAGUCCUCAAGAUAUCACUAGUAGACGGUGGGUUAAGCAUGGAGAGUACAGUGGACGAGAUGGAGGACGACACGACGACGGGCAGCGGCGGCGCCCAGCAACGUGCGCCCGACCAUGUCUCCGAGCUCGGCGCGCUUGUACUGGCGCAGCCCUGCGCCGGCCCCGCCACUCUAUACACGGUGAUCCGUGCCCUAACUUGGAACGACUCUCCGUCGUCGCUGCGCGGCACGGCGCUGGCGCUGCCGGCGCUGCGCGGCGCGCUGGCGGCCGGCCGCGUGGGCGCGGGCGAGGCCAACGGCGCGCUCACCGCCGUGCUGCAGGCGCUGCGCCUGCACGGCCAGCACGACGCCAACCAGGCCGCGCUACUCGCGCUCGCUGUGCAGACGUACGAGAUCCUGCGUCCUCUAUUUCCCGGCAUAGUAGCAGUACUACGUGCCAUCCCCGACGUGGACGCGCACGAUCUCCACCGACUCGACGAGAAACUCAACUCUCACAACACAAAGACCUCGAAAAUUGAUAAGAGCAAACGUGACUUAUUCAAGAAAAUCACUUCUAGGCUAAUCGGUCGCAAUGUGGGCCAGCUGUUCAAGAAAGAAGUGUAUAUCCUGGACUUGCCAACAAUGCACAUAGUGAAGGACAAGCCGCGCAGUGCCAUCGACACUCCGGAGGGCGCCGGGCUAGAACGACUGUUUGCACCCAGCGCACCCACUUAGCUAGCUAUUUGCUUCUUGUUGACUAUUUUAUUAUGUCAUUAUACAAUAUUAUGUAAUAAAUCUAUUUAUACUCGAACAAGCAAAAACGUUCGCUGCAGCAAUACAAGUAUUACUGCAACUAAAGUUUUUUU